AUGGCGGCGCCUUCCCAGGUCAUCGGCCUCAAGCAGCCGCAGGUGAAAUACGUUGACAGAUUUGUGGUACGCGUUGUCGCGUUCAAUUCCGCCGGCGAGGUGGCCAUCAUCCACGCGAAGAGAGACAACUACUACAAAUUCCCGGGCGGCGGGAUUGACCCUGACGAGGAGCACGAAACGGCUGUUCACCAGGAGAUGAAGGAGGAGACGGGAUGCUUGAUCAAGCUGCGGCAAGGUGGAUGCGUCACCAUCACUGAGGAGUAUCGCAGCGACCUCCACCAACUGUCGCACUGCUACAGCGCCGACCUCGUCGACGACUCGGGCGCCCCUGCACUGACCGAGGACGAGGCUAAGCGGGCCAUGGCGGCUACCGAGCCGACGACGGAGCUCAGCCGCUUUAUCAAGGAGAGGGACAUGUUUCUGCUCGACGUCGGCAUCGCUCUUUGCCUUCUUUUUUAA